GUCCGCAGUGAGGCGCGGAGGCCCGGGAGGCGGCGCUGUGCCCCGCGGAGGGCGCGCGCGCAGGUGGAGAGGCCCGGCUGGGCCCGGCUUGGGCCGCGGGGUCGGGAAUGGCUGCGCGGGGCCGGAUGGAGGACGGUUCCUUGGAUCUCACCCAGAGUAUUGAAGAUGACCCCCUUCUGGAUACCCACCAUCUCCCACAUCAUUCAUUACAUGCUCAUUUUAGACCCAGAUUCCAUCCUCUUCCUACGGUCAUCAUAGCAAAUCUUCUCUUAUUAAUACAUGUUGUAUUUGUCAUUUUAGCAUUUUUAACAGGUAUACUUUGUUCUUACCCUAAUCCAAUUGAGGACAAGUGCCCAGGAAACUAUACCAACCCACUGAAAGUUCAGACAGUCAUAAUCCUUGGGAAGGUUAUCUUGUGGAUCCUGCAUUUCCUUCUUGAGCGCUACAUCCAGUAUCACCACAACAAAGUGAGAAACCGGGGCUACACCAUGAUCUACCUGUCGACCAGGCACCUGAAAGGACUCACGCUGCUGAUCCACUCCACUGGUAGAUUUUUGGCUGAUAAUAAAAGACACUGUAAUAAAAGACAGUAUCACAAGAGGAAAACGACCAGGAGUUUACUAGCCUGCGCAUGGGAGAGAACCAAGAAGACUGAGCAACUCUCCAAAAUGGGCCAAGUCACCACCUUAAACACCACCUCCAGUUAAAGAGUGGAGACGGUG